AGAACCAUUCUCACUACUGUUUUCUACGUAACGGUAUCAUAAUGUCAGGAAGAGGCAAAGGAGGUAAAGGACUCGGAAAAGGAGGCGCCAAGCGUCAUCGCAAGGUUCUCCGUGAUAACAUCCAGGGCAUCACCAAGCCCGCCAUCCGCCGCCUGGCUCGCCGAGGUGGCGUGAAACGUAUUUCAGGCUUGAUCUACGAAGAGACACGCGGUGUGCUGAAGGUGUUCUUGGAGAACGUCAUCCGUGAUGCCGUGACCUACACCGAGCACGCUAAAAGGAAGACCGUGACCGCCAUGGACGUGGUCUACGCUCUGAAGCGCCAGGGACGUACUCUGUACGGUUUCGGCGGUUAAAUCAACAUCAAGUUAACAAAUCGAGGUUCAACACAAAGGCUCUUUUAAGGGCCAC